AUUCAAUCAAGAUUCUCCGGUCUCUCACUUUCAACGCUACCCCAGAAUCAAAACCGCACAUCCAGAUCUCGAUUACGCCUCCGUCGUUGCCUUCCUCAGAUCUCAAGCACAAGAAAUCGGUCUCCAUACGCAGGUACUCGAGUUCGGUCUCAAGCUCAUAUUCCAAUUCUAAGGCCGAGUAUCCAUGCGAGAAGGGAAAAUAUUACAGUUAAGUUUCAAGAUCUAUAUGGGUUUACAGUGGAAGGCAAUGUGGACGAUGUUAAUAUAUUGAAUGAAGUUGGGGAAAAGGUUAGGCAACAGGGUCGUGUUUGGUGGGCUUUGGAGGCUAGCAAAGGCGCUAAUUGGUACUUAGAACCCUCUGUUUCUGAAGGGAUCGCUCUCAAAUUCUCCCUCAAACUAUCAACGCUUGCUAAUGCUAUCACUUUGAAGAAGUUGAUUAGGAAAGGUAUCCCACCUGUUCUUCGUCCCAAGGUUUGGUUCUCCUUAUCUGGAGCUGCCAAGAAGAAAUCCACUGUUCGUGAUAGCUAUUACAAUGAUUUGACCAAGGCUGUUGAAGGGAAAGUCACGCCGGCCACUAGGCAGAUUGAUCAUGACUUGCCCCGUACUUUUCCUGGUCAUCCUUGGUUAGACACUCCAGAGGGUCACGCUGCUCUUCGACGUGUUCUUGUUGGGUAUUCCUUUCGUGACUCUGAUGUUGGAUACUGUCAGGGCUUAAACUAUGUUGCUGCAUUGUUAUUGCUCGUGAUGAAAACAGAAGAAGAUGCUUUUUGGAUGCUAGUUGUCCUCUUAGAAAAUGUUUUAGUUAGUGACUGUUACACGACCAACUUGUCUGGAUGUCAUGUCGAGCAAAGGGUGUUCAAAGAUUUACUUACCAAAAAGUGUCCCAGAUUUUUAGAACCCUAGGCACUCCAAAUGAGACUAUUUAGCCUGGAUACUCCAAGCUACCUGGUGUUAGAGUCAACUUUGUCAAGCAUCAGGAGCUAUCACUAAACAAAUGACUGCAAUAGAAGAAAUGGUUGCAAGUGAGUACAAUUAGCUAGACCCUCAUCUUUGUGACAAGAUCUUGAAGUUGGUCAUUUGUGAAGCGUUCUAGUUUACUAUUAGUUGCAGUUUUAGUUAUUGCUCUCUCAAUAUAUUCUUUUUCUUUCUUUCUUUCUUUAUUUCCAAAGGAUGAUCACAGUG